GUCCGUUCCAGCUGAGAGAAAGAGAGAGAGGACAGUCGGACGUGUACCUCGCGCGGCCCAAACACAGACCGAAAACCCGUGCGCCCGUGACUGAAUCCACCGGAUGCAAAAAAAAGUACAGACAGAGAAAGAGGAAACAAACCCCUCCUCCCUCUACGACGGACAGCAGAGCGCGACAGCACAGGAGAGAAACACCAAUGCAACUUGUCAUCUGACCAACACAGCCACUGCCCUGACGCUGCGUGUUUUUUAUACACAGUUUCUCAUCAGUUGUUUUGUUUUGACGGAGGUUUUGCUUUGCAAGUAUUUUGGGCUCUUCUUUUUCAGUGCCGGACGAAUAACUCGGGAUAUCACUCUUCAAGUUUUUAUCAUAAUUCUCCGGUCUGUGGGUUGUUUGCGGAUUUUCACGCAGUUUGCAUUUUUAUUAAGGACAGUACUCUUACUCAGAUGGUCUGACUGUCCCUCCUACACGGAUCCUUUUGAGAAUCACAGCUAGCCCUCUUGAACAGUUUUAACAGCAUUCAACUGCAAUGGAAUAUUUCGAUGGAAAUAUUUUUGCAAGGAAAUAAGGAACUCUUAACGACAAGUAAAAGACAUCAAGCCAACUAGUCCUAUUGGUAGGUACUCGGGUCAGUUUACCACGCCUCUUCAAGUGCCCCAGGUGUCUCUCUGCGACCCCGUCUGGUCAAGGAUGUCCAGGCAGCUCUCCCAGGUUCCGACCCCCGACCUCCCAGCUGGCGCAAGCCCACAGUUUGGAAGUUGUACUCAGCCUGCAGGAUCCCUCACAGGGGGCCAUCUGAACUCCAUGACAGGACUAAAGUCCCUCCUGCAGCAUCCCAUGAAGGGAGACCAGCGUUUAAAGAGUCCAUUGGAUUCAAAAGAUAAAGACAGAUUGGACCUUGAUGAGGACUCUUUGGGAGUGUGCUCCAUGAGGAAUGGCAGUGGAGUUGGCAACAGUAACAGCAGUAAUGGCUGUGGAGGAGGAAAUGGAGGAAGUUUCAACCAGUUCUUGGGGCCUCUCUUGUGGGAUCGCACCCUGCCUGCAGAUGGGGGGCUCUUCCAGCUUCAGUACAUGGACUUGGAGGAGUUUCUGACAGAAAAUGGAAUGGGCAGCAUGCAUAACAACAACAGUUCCAGUUCAGCCCAGAUCCCCUCACAGAGCUCCCAGUCAGCUGUACCUAACCAGAGCUCCCAGUGCCUACCGCCUUCCUCCCCACCUUGCUCCACAUCUUCGUCACCCUCGUCCUCUUCUUCGCCGUCGCUUAUUGGCUUGGAGGUAGCUCAGCCGCAGAACCUCACAGGGGGAAACGACUGUCUUCAUGGGAGUCAGACGAGUAUGAACGACUCCUGUGAGUCACCCUGCUCCUCCUCUUCGUCCUCUUGUCCACCUCUGCUGACGCCCACGGACAGCGGGCCUGAUGGCGGUGGAAUGUUUGACAUGGAUACCUCAGACAUGUCCAACUCCCCCGGCCAGCCGAACUACGACCCCAGGAGGCACUCGUUCAGUGAAGAGGAGCUCAAGCCACAGCCAAUGAUCAAGAAGGCCCGCAAGAUCCAUGUGCCAGAUAACAUGAAGGAUGAGAAGUACUGGACCAGAAGAUACAAAAACAAUGAGGCAGCGAAGCGUUCCCGAGACGCUCGCCGUCUUAAGGAGAACCAAAUCACAGUGCGUGCUGCAUACCUGGAGAGAGAGAACGCCGCCCUUCGACAGGAAGUAGCAGAGAUCCGAAAGGAACUCGGCCGCUGUCGCAACAUCCUUAGCAAAUAUGAAAACCGACUCGCCGACCAGUGAUGACAGUGUGGGAGCAAAUAUCAGGAAGAGGAAGAAUUUAAAGCUGGAUUCAUUGAAAGACUUGAAAUUAUUGGGGUUGGCAUGAUGGACAUAAUAAGAAAAUGGUGAUGAUGUUAAAGAAGCUGAUGAUUCUGAUGAUGAAUGUAUAAGACAAGGAGAAGGUUUGUGUAUUGAAGCUCAGGUGUCUUGUUUUGUUGAGGUGUCAGCUCUCAAAAGCGAUGGACAGAAAGAAUAAUUUAACAGAUGAGAGAUGUGACUUUUAAGAGUUUUGUUAUUGGAGAAUUGUAUAUUUUUAUAAUACUUUAAAAUUAGAGGGAGAGCAAAUUUGGACAAUAAUUUUGUAUAUUUUCUACAUGACGGGGGGACAAGGAGGAAAGCUAUGGUAAAUCUCUUUUUAUUCUAGGUGAGUUCUGAGAUGUUUAACAGGUGUCAGUCAUUGAUGGGUAUCUUUUCGACUUAUUAUUACAGUCGGGACGCAGCAGCAGGGGCGAGGACGCAUGUAACAAUUGUAAUAUAGAGAGCAAAAAUGAUCUUAUAAUCGUAUAGUUAUACAUUUUUGUGGAUUUUACUCAAGCACUUAUUUUCCUGCUAUGUUUCUGUCACUGGGGUUGGGCAUGCAAGAGAGAGACGAAAUGAGAGACAAGAGGAGACACCGUGUAAACAGACCAGCACUAUCUCUAACACUUUUUUUAAUUGAACAACUUCCCCACUUUUUGAUUGACUCCUACAACAAUAUAAAUUAUGUGUACUUUGAGCUUGACUCUAUGCAAUUGGUACAUCCUCCUCAUUCCAUACUGGUAUUUUUGACUCUUAUCUCUUUUCUAUCCCAGAUGAGGGUUUUUAAUCUGGUGUUUGGUAUUUUACCUAAGCAGGUGAAAACCUGCUUUUGUGAUGCCCCCCAGGUAACCCUGUUCCUCUUCACCGUCUCUUUGACUCAUUGGGAUAUUUCUCUUUCUCUCUGUUUCUAUUUCUGUCUGCUCUCACUUGCAGCCAAUCCCCUCAGAGCCAUGUGCAAACUUUUCCUCUUACAGUUUGUCCCCGUGUCUCUCUUGUACCUCCACGGUGCACAGAGUAGCACAGAUCUCAGUGUUGUAUUCUGAAAUCGUUAUCAUCUCCCCAGCUAAACUCGCGUCCUUACUUUACUGUACUUUAUGAACACACUUUAAUCAGCGUUAUUACGGAGGGAGACAAUGUUGUUUAUAUUGAAAAAGCCUAUGAUAUUUGUGUAUUUGAUGUAUUCCAGGAGAUUGGUUGAGAAACCAUUGAGUGGAAUGGUGUUAAUUUCUCAGAUUUCUGGGAGAAAUAAAAGCCAAAAUUUCCUAUUGUUGAUCCACAAAGAUCGUUGCUAUUUAGUGCUUUUUUUUCAAUACUGCUCCUUCCUUUACUGUUUACUCCUGUUAUUACUUUAACUGUAUCUGGAAACCUCUCUGUGUCCCCACCACACCUACACAGGUACACUAUGUUAUGUUCCUGGGGGAGGGAUGACUAGUAAUAGAGUGUGUUUUAAUCCCCUUUAUGACCAUUACUGCUAUUAUUAUUGUUAUGAUUAUAAUGAUUAUCCCUCUUGUUGUCGCUGUUCUAUAUUAUGGAAUGAUUUUCUUUCUUUGGAUGAACAUGAUCUGUUGCACCUUGAAGCAUCUUCAGUGUUCCUCAGAAAGACUAUUCACAUGGAAACCACCCUCUCUGUCUGCAUCCUGUCUCACACCUCCAAACAUUACUCAUACCUGCAAAGGAUCCUGCUGCCACUUUGGUUUCUCUUAACAUGGAUGAGCACAGCUCAAUUACUCGAACAUGAUGUCCGUGCAGACUUACUUUACCUUUCACGAUGACCUCCUCUGUUCCCCCAGCGGUGUACGGACUAUGCACACCAUCAAUGUUUGCUCCUUGUUGGUUGAUUUCCGCCUUUACCACCUCAAUCAGUGAUUGUUUGCUCCUCCAACAGGAUUUAGUCUAAUUUCCUCACAGAUGUGGUUGGUAAAUCUUUUAUUGAACUACAACUGCCCUGCUGCAUCAAUGGUGUCCUUGGUGCCCAGCACACUUGGUGCUGGUUAUUUGGAUGUAGUCGAGAUUUUUCCAAAAACACCAAUAAAAGAUUGUUCUCA